AUGCCAUACAACUCUCGAUGGCAGCUAGCAACGCCAGCGUUAUCGGUUCCAUCUUUCAUGUUCGGGUCCGCGAGUUCUAACAUCGAUUCAGUCGAUAAGAUCAUUAUAGACGCCAAGCGGGCCAAUACACAUUAUCUCACUACCCACUCCUACCGCGAAUGGUCGAAGAGGUUUGCGGCAGGUCUAAUGUCGGCUGGCCUCGAGGAUGGCGACCGCAUACUUCUGUGCUCCUCCAACAACAUAUUCUACCCGAUUGUUGUGAUGGGAAGCUUGAUGGCAGGGGCAAUCUUCAACAGCGCGAAUCCAGCCUACACUGCACGAGAACUGUCGCAUCAACUCAAAGACUCGGACCCACGAUUUGUUCUCGCGGCGGAGAGCUGCAUCGACAGGGCAUUGGACGCGGCCGAGCUUGUCGGAUUCGACAGAAGAAGGAUCUUUCAUUUCAGCGAACUACCGAUGGACGAUGAAAAGGAUGUCUCGGAGCCAACCUGGAAAAGCCAAACUCGGCACUGGAGCAGUCUUGUGGCAAAACCCGAGGUCGGUCGAAGUUUCGUCUGGCAGGAGCGCAACAGCAAAGACUUCUCUGAGCGUACGGCGAUCUUAAUUUAUUCUUCUGGCACGACUGGCCUACCCAAGGGUGUCGAGCUAUCCCAUCGCAGUAUCAUCUCAAACAUGCUUCAACUCAAGACGAUUCAUAUGUCUGACCCAAGUGUUGUUGUACGGCGGACGCUUUGUGCAGUUCCGAUGUACCAUGCGCUCGGGUUGUGUUAUUAUACCUUCACCGCACCCAAAUGGGGCCUGGAGACAUACCUGAUGGAACGAUUCAACUUGGCAGAUACGCUGGAUCAUAUACAGAGAUUCAAGAUUACGGAACUCGUCCUCGUUCCCCCAAUGUUGGUCGCUAUGGCUAAGCAUCCUUCAGUCAGGGAUGGCACAUGCAACAUCAGUAGCAUCAGGAAAGUGGUGGCAGGCGCAGCACCGAUCGGCAUGGAAGUCACUCAACAAUUUGAAGAGCUGUGGAACGGUCGACUCAGAGUACGACAGGCUUGGGGAAUGUCGGAGGCGCCUGCAAUUACUUUGUGCUGGGACGAAAGCCAAAGCUCCGGCCCCUCGUCAAUAUCAAUUGGAGAGCUUGUUCCCGGCGCCGAAGCGAAACUGGUCAAAGAAGACGGAGAGGAAGAGACCCGGGCGGGCGAAACAGGGGAGUUCUGGAUCCGCUCGCCAAAUGUCAUGACAGCCUACUGGCGUAACGCUAAAGCUACCGCAGAGGCAAUCAGCAGUGACGGCUGGUUGAAGACCGGUGACAUUGCAUAUCGGGACGAGUCAGGGAAAUGGUACAUGGUUGAUCGAAAGAAGGAAUUGAUCAAAGUCAAGGGCGUCGCUGUCGCGCCUGCAGAGCUCGAGGCUCUUCUCCUCGAGCAUAGUGAGAUUGUGGAUGUUGCGGUUAUUGGGAUCAAGACGGCUACAGACGAUGAGCAGCCACGCGCGUACGUUGUGCGAAAACCAAACUCACAGAUCUGUGAAAAGGAUGUCGUCGAUUUUGUCAGAUCCCGUGUGUCAACUAUCAAGCAUCUCACGGGCGGUGUGGCCUUCCUUGAUGCAAUCCCUAAGAACCCUUCUGGGAAGAUUCUGAGGAGACAACUAAGGGAGCUUGCCACCAAGGAAACCGGCUCUAAGCUGUAG